GGACUUCAGGAUGUUAAUCAUUUUUCAGGGUAUUUUUCUAAAAUGAUAUGCCUUUCAAUGUUUUAGAUGGUUAAAAUAACAUUACAUUAGUAUUCCAGCAUUGAACUCUGUAGAAACCCGAUUAUGCCUAACCCCUAAACCAGUGAACAAAGACAGAACGGAAAAAAUCCUAUUUUUGACAUUUAAAUAUAUAGAUGACAACUUUGCCAUAUUUUGCUCAACAGAUGGACAUCGUGGAAACUGAAGUAAUUGGGGAAUUUUCGCGCUACUCUUUUUUUUCGCCGUCUUUGGAGAAAAAAUACAUUACCCAUUAAGCUUUGCGGCUUGACCUGUCAACUAAGAUGUCAGCACCCUUUGAGCUCACACACGGGGUUAACCCAGGACUAUUUUCUAAGGAUAUCUGUCAUGCCCGUGGAUUAUAUCAUGACUAAUUUUGAGAUAUUCUGCUAACUGUUCGCCAUGUUCCCGUUUUUUCCCCCACGGUAUUUUACCGGUAAAGAUUUAAAGGUUUUCGGCUGCUAGCCAAUUAGCAUUUAACUGUUUCUUUAAUACUGCGUGGCUACCAGCUGACAGAAAAAAAUGUCAUUUUGUCUUGUGAAACGGUUCUAUGACUUAGCCUUUCUUAAACGUACCCUACGGUUUAAAAUGUGUAAAAGGAACAUACCCAGCUGUAACAUAAGCUACACUUUGUUCCGACACCGCUGGAUGAAAAGUCUUCCGGUCCCCUUCUGCAGGGGGAUGAGCAAAAAACCCGACAAGGACACUAUCGAUCUGUCCCAGUUUCCCGUGGACAAAAUCAGGAAUUUCUGCAUCAUCGCCCACAUUGACCACGGGAAAAGCACUUUGGCUGAUCGACUAUUAGAAAUGACAGGUGCUAUAGCAAAGACUGAAAAGAACAAACAGGUGCUGGACAAGCUUCAGGUUGAACGGGAGAGAGGAAUCACAGUGAAGGCCCAGACUGCAUCGUUGUUUUAUACCCAUGAGGGCCAGCAGUACCUCCUGAACCUCAUCGACACCCCGGGUCAUGUUGACUUCAGCUAUGAAGUGUCUCGCUCCCUUUCUGCAUGCCAAGGCGUCCUGUUGAUUGUAGAUGCCAAUCAGGGCAUUCAGGCACAAACCGUGGCUAACUUCUACCUGGCUUUUGAAGCUCAACUGACGAUCAUACCUGUGAUCAAUAAGAUUGAUUUGAAAAAUGCUGAUCCGGAACGAGUGGAGUCUCAGAUCGAAAAGGCAUUUGAUAUUCCAAGUGAGGAGUGCAUACGGAUUUCAGCAAAACUUGGAACGAAUGUUGAAAAGGUGCUACAAGCUGUCGUGGAGAGGAUUCCAACGCCCCUGGGUAGCACCAAUGACCCCUUUAAAGCCCUGGUGUUCGACUCCAAUUUCGAUCAUUACAGAGGAGUGGUCGCCAACAUCGCUGUGUUUGGAGGUAGUGUCAAAAAAGGGGACAAAAUCGUGUCAACCCAUAUCGGCAAAACCUAUGAGGUCAACGAGCUGGGGCUUCUGCAGCCCGAAGAGCACCCGACACAGAGGCUCUUUGCAGGCCAGGAGCAACCAGUGGAAGCUCUGCCCGGGUUUAAGCCUGCCAAAGCCAUGGUCUUCGCUGGGAUGUAUCCGAUGGAUCAGUCAGAGUACCCCGGUCUUCGCAGUGCUAUUGAGAGGCUGACCCUGAAUGACUCAAGUGUCACAGUGCAGAGAGACAGCAGUCUGGCCCUGGGAGCAGGCUGGAGACUUGGCUUCCUGGGUCUUCUACAUAUGGAGGUGUUCAAUCAGAGGCUGGAGCAGGAAUACAAUGCCUCCGUCAUAGUAACUGCACCAACCGUGCCCUACAAGGCUGUCCUCUCCUCACCCAAACUCAUCAAGGAACACGGCAGUGAGGAGAUAACCAUUGUGAACCCUGCUCAGUUCCCUGACAGAUCUCUUGUGUCAGAGUGUUUGGAGCCCAUGGUGCUGGGGACCAUUCUCACCCCGGACAUCUACACGGGAAAGAUAAUGAGUCUCUGCUCGAAUCGGCGGGGGGUCCAGAAGAAUAUGGUGUACAUAGAUGACCAGCGUGUCAUGAUGAAAUACCUCUUCCCACUGAAUGAAAUCGUUGUGGAUUUUUACGACCUCCUCAAAUCGCUGUCGUCUGGAUAUGCCAGCUUCGAUUACGAGAAUACGGGCUACCAGGCUGCUGAUUUGAUAAAGAUGGACAUUCUGCUGAAUGGGCGGCCAGUGGAGGAGCUCACCACAAUCGUACACAGGGGCCGAGCAUACAGCUCUGGGAAGGCCAUGUGCGAGCGACUGAAAGAUUCUAUCCCGAGGCAGAUGUUUGAGGUUGCCAUACAGGCAGCCAUUGGAAGUAAAGUCAUUGCAAGAGAAACGAUAAAGGCUUAUAGAAAAAAUGUUCUUGCAAAAUGUUAUGGAGGUGACAUAACUCGGAAGAUGAAGUUACUGAAGAAACAGGCUGAGGGUAAAAAGAAGAUGAGGCGCAUCGGCAAUGUGGAUGUUCCUAAAGAUGCUUUUAUUAAUGUUCUGAAGAGGAAAGAAAAGUAGAGAAUGGUACAAUUGAUGCAUUAUUGCAAAAAUGACAUAUUUAUGUAAGUGGGGUCACUUUUAUCAAAGAGCUCUGAUAGAUUUGAGAGAAAUUCCUGCAAGGGAUUAAUAAAGUAAUUCUGAUUCUGAUAUCCUUUUAUUAAAGUACUGCUCUUAUGCUAAGAGACUUGUGUUCCCAGAACUCUGUGAUUUAAUAGCUAUUAAAACUUACUUUUGUUGUGAUUUCCAUCAGUCAUUAAAUCGCACACUGGAGAGUUGGAAGGAAGAAGCGGAAUCUUAAAAAUAAAUAAGAAACUUGUAUUUUGUUCCUCAGUUUGAAUGAUAACUGAUUUUGUCCGUGUACAUUUCACUAUGAAAUACAUAACAAAAACAUCUAGGAACAUUGUUGGCAUGGGGAUGUAUGAAAUGCAAAUAACAAUUAAAAAAGGCAAUUCAUUCAGG